AUGAACAAAGAAUACAUACAACUAAAUAAUAAUUUCUCUAACUCGAAUAAUAAAGAAAAAAUUCACAGUCAAUAUAAUAGUGAAUUAGUGAAUAAACGGUUUCAACAUAGAUAUCAACCGCGACCUUUAUACAAUGGAAAUCAAUCAUUCCAUCAAUGUCCUCAUGAAAAUGCACAAGAUUCUCAAAAUCUGAACUUAUCAAAUACUGAUUCUAGAAAAGAUCAUUCAGAUGAAAAUAAAAAAGGAAGUUUCUAUUGUCGUCAUUUUUGGAGAAAUUUUAUUUUGUUAAUAACAAUAGUAGUAUUACUUUCUUAUAUUUAUUUUUCUUAUAAAUAUAUUACAUUUAAUUUGAUGGUUGAUAAUUUUAUAUCAUUUUGUGAAACUAACAAAUUAUUUACAGUAGUUUUAUCAUCUAUAUUUUUAAUAAAUUUAGCAAUAAUGAGUUAUUGUAUUUAUCAUUGUUUGGUGGAUAAAAAAACUGAUAUUAAAGAUGAUUGUUCUGAUGAUAACUUUAUUUAG